AUGAGCAGCUUGUCUCCUGCUAGUGCUUCAGCUGUCCAUCACCAAAGCGCACCCUCAGCUCACACCGUUAACGGGACUUACACUGGCCUCACUCUCAACACAUUUAACCAGGAGGCCUUUUACGGUAUCCCUUUUGCGAUACCUCCACUUGGAGACUUGCGGCUCCGUUAUCCCGUGCCGUACAAUCAGUCAUGGACAGGCUCUCGUAAUGCCACCGUACGAUCGGACUCAUGCCCAGGCUUCGACAAGCCUUUCGCCCAGGGCUUCGCUGAUGGCUUAACAAUGGGCGAGGAUUGUCUGACGCUUGAUAUCGUAAGACCCGCCAAUGUUCGACCUGGAGACAACCUCCCCGUCUUCUUCUGGAUAUACGGCGGCGGCUUCAAAGCUGGAGGAUCAGCAGACCCGCGCUACAACACCUCCUUCAUAGUGCGUAACUCGAUGGAAAUGAAUAAGCCAAUCAUCGCUGUAGUGCCCAACUACCGCACAUCGGCGUUUGGCCUGUUGGCCUCCAAGGAGGUCGCGGCGGCGGGCGUAGGCAACAUUGCCCUCUUCGACCAGCGGCUGGCAAUGAAAUGGGUAUCUGAGAACAUUCGCGCGUUCGGCGGUGACCCCAACCAGGUCACAAUUGCGGGUGAAAGUGCAGGAGGGUCUUCGGCUGGAUACCAUCUGGUGGCAUUUGAGGGGAAGAAUGACGGCCUAUUCAGGAGUGCCAUCUUGGAGAGUUCAAGCUUGCUUGGUGCUUCGAUGAACACCGUCGAGACGCUGAAGGUAACUUACCAAGGGUGGUAUGAUAACAUCACGACAACGGUUGGUUGCAACACCGCUGCAGACUCCCUGGCCUGCCUCCGCACCGUUCCUUACCAGAGCCUCUUCAGUGCCGUGAAUGGUUUUCAGUUCAAGCCCUACAUUGACGGCAAAUUUAUAUCUCAGCCUCCAUCUGUCUCAAUCGCAAAGGGCCAGAUCGCUGAUGUCGCCCUCAUCAUGGGGUCUAACACGGACGAAGGCACAGCUGAAUUCUUCACGCCCCGAGGGACCUUGAAUAACGACAGUGACAUUUCGUCCCUGGUCGCGCAUCUCGGUGGUGGUCUCAACGAUAAGAUUGUGGCCAACAUUCUCCGUCUCUACCCUGAUGAUCCCAUCCAAGGCUGCCCCUUUGGCACCGGACCCGAGCGAUUCGCAGAUCAGGGCGUCCAGUUCAAGCGUGGAGCUGCCAUUACUGGCGAUGUGAACAUACACGCCGGCCGCCGUGCAUACGCCAUAAACCAUAGCCAACGCAGCAAGCACCCAAUCUACACGUACCGCUUUGACCAAGCGCCGUGGGACAUGCAAGAGGUCGACGUCACGACCACUGCACCUGUGUACGUCACGCAUUAUACCGAGAUUGUUCAUGUUUUUGAUAAUCCGGAUAAAAACGUCAAUUGGAUUGGGCCGUAUCCUAUUAUCUCGGAGCUAGCCAGCUUUGUGUCCCGAUCUUGGGUAUCAUUCAUCCACGAUCAGAACCCAAAUAACCACGGCCUUCAGGGAAAGCCAGUGUGGCCCAAAUAUGACGCUUCCAAGCCACAAAAUAUUGUUUUCAGGGCUGGGGCCAGCUGGGUGGAGAAAGAUGAUUGGAGACAGGAACAGCUGGCCUACUGGAGCACACUCUGGUCGGAGUUGAUGACAUAG